AUGGCCCACAAUCAGCCUGUUCGUUCUGUCGACCGACGCUUCACUACAACGGCAUUUGAAUAUCCUGGAUACUACAUCGCACAGGCUCACGGUGUCGUUCGAGGCCUCACGGUUAGAAAUCCAAACGCUGGCAAAGCCAUUCUCGGUGCAUUUGCGUCCAUCGGAGGAGGAGAAAGUUCUACGUACAUCGAGAUGGCUGAAAAGGCUCGAGAGAGGGCUUUUCUGAGAAUGCUGGAACAUGCUGCAGCUGCAGGAGGGAAUGCUGUUAUUGGCAUUCAGUUCACUGGACAGGAGAUUAUGGAGGGAAUGACCGAGGUGAUGGCAUACGGCACAGCGGUUACAUUAGUACCUCUUCCAGUACAAUCGCCCAUUUCGCAGCCUGGAUAUAGUCCUUAUGCUCAACAACAACAGCAACACCAGAUCCCUCCUCAGCAGCAGCAGCCAUUUUUGCCCGGUACACCUAUCAAGCAGUAG